CAUACCUGGAAAGUCAUUCGAGGUGCAAUUUGGGGGAAGUUACUCCCACCGUAAAUUCUACUAGAUGCUAUUUUCGACAGUUCGCCUCGGUUUUUUCCUGCAGAGUGGUAAGUAAAAUCAUGAGACUGUCUCUCACGGUCAAUGUGAUCAUCUGAACAAGCUUUUGUUUCAUUUCGCCUUGCAAAAGCUAAACAAAACGCCCAAUACCGGGCCCUGUGACAAUAACUAUUCCUGAUCGCAACACACAAACCAUUCAAUUCAAAAACAUCAUCUAGAGCAAAAACCAAGGGACUUCCUUCUCGAAGCCAUGUUGUAUUCCGUCAUCCUACCAACCUACAACGAGCGAGAGAAUCUUCCCAUCAUUUAUUACCUCAUCGACAAGAGCUUCAACGAUGCCAAACUUUCUUACGAGGUUGUGAUCGUCGACGAUUCCUCGCCUGAUGACACGCUAGGGGUAGCACGUGCCAUUCAGAAAUCAUACGGAGAAGAUCAUGUGCAGAUUGUGUCCCGAAAGGGAAAACUCGGUCUCGGGACGGCCUACAUUGCGGGCUUGAAGGCAGCCAAGGGAGAUCGGAUCGUUCUAAUGGAUGCGGAUCUUUCGCACCACCCAAAAUUUAUUCCACAAAUGGUAGAUCUAAUGGACAAAACAAAGGUAGAAAUUGUCACGGGAACGCGGUACGCCCGUGGAGGAGGUGUUUAUGGUUGGGACAUGAAACGAAAAUUGACGAGGUACGUCGAGUUGUGUUGGACAAUUCCGAUCUGAUGUUCGUGCUCAAUGUUCUGCGUGCUUUGUUCCCUGUGCUUCUGCUGCAAUGCUUGUGCCUGCCCUCUUUCUUUGACUCAAAUCCGUUCUUCGUCGAUCUCCGAACCGUGCGAAAAUCUAGCAAGGGAGCAAAUUUCCUUGCAGACUUUUUACUGAAUCCCGGUGUGUCGGACCUGACCGGAUCCUUUCGGCUUUACGAACGAAAGGUAUUGGAGCAAAUCCUUCCAGAAAUUCGAUGCAAGGGGUAUGCCUUCCAAAUGGAAAUUAUUGUUCGGUCGAAAAAGGCCGGUUUUCGGGUGGACGAGGUUCCUAUUACGUUUGUGGAUAGAAUUUACGGUGAAUCCAAGCUGGGCACAAAAGAAAUCAUUAUGUACAUUCAGGGGCUGAUGCAACUAUUUUUCACGACAUAGCAGCAGCAAUGAGGUAUUUCGUACCA